GACAGUUGGUAUUUUGUUCUCGGUGAAAAUUAUCGUGUAUUCGUGUAUAAUAAAGUGUACAAGUGUAUUCAAAACUGUGUUGUGUGAUCAUAUAACUGUAUCCAUCAGUGAAAUUGUCGUUUUUAAGAUAUUUCUACCACGAUGACCUAACAACCUUCACGAUGCGGAAGCUGGCCCACCUCACCCUGGCCUGCUUGGUGGCUGCGUGCGCUCUCCACGCGACCCUCGGCUGCCCCUGGGCUUGCUCGUGCCGGGGGACAGUCACGGACUGCGCGCACAGGGGACUCCUGCACGUGCCAAAAAAACUGCCUGACACGCAUCGACUAGAUCUUCAAGGCAACAACAUAACGAUCGUGUUCCAAAGCGACUUUCAAAAUAUGAAGGAACUGAAAAUUUUGCAACUCUCCGAAAAUAUGAUACACACGAUCGAGAGGGAUGCGUUCUUAGAGCUGAACGGUUUGGAGAGACUGAAACUGAACAAUAAUCGUUUCGGGCAGUUGCCAGACGGUCUUUUCAUGAGACUGAGACAUCUCCAGAGACUAGAUCUGAGUCGGAACGAACUGACGGCUAUCAGCAGGCGCACGUUCAGAGGCUUGACGGCCUUGAAGAGCCUACAUUUGGACGGGAACCAGCUCAAAUGUAUCGACGAGAAGGCGUUUGAGAAUCUCAAGAGUCUAGAAGUAUUAACACUGAACGGGAACAACCUGACGUACCUGUCCCUGGAGCCGGCGACUGCCGCCAGGUUGCACACGCUGCGAUUGACCGACAACCCUGUCGUCUGCGACUGUCGAGUCGCAAGGCUGGCGAGCGCCGUGCGCGCAGCUUCUAUACCCCAAGUUGGGGCAAGAUGCCAAGCGCCGGCGGCUCUUAGAGGCGCCCUGCUGACAGAGCUGGAACCACAUGAGCUUAUUUGCAAUGGUCCAACAACAGCAAUAACAGCGGAAUGUUCGGCCGAGCCCCGCUGUCCCCCCCCCUGCAGGUGUACCCCCGAGGGUACAAUAGACUGUCGGGAAAAACUUCUCUCCGAGCUCCCGGCAACUAUACCGCAUAGGGCCACUGAAAUACGUCUAGAACAGAACGAGAUUACAGAAGUCGGUCCGGGAGCCUUCUCGGCCGUCAAGCGGGUAGCCAGGAUAGAUUUGUCUAACAACAAGAUAUCAAAACUGGCUGCUGAUGCUUUUUCUGGGUUAACGCAUCUCACAUCGCUAGUUUUGUACGGUAACAAAAUCAAGGAUUUGCCUUCUGGCAUGUUCCACGGGUUGACGUCUCUGCAACUGCUAUUGCUGAAUUCGAAUGAAAUCACGUGCGUCAGGAAAGACACAUUCAGGGAUUUGCAAAAUUUGAAACUUCUAUCAUUAUACGACAAUAAUAUCCGAACGAUACCGAACGGAACCUUCGAUUCUUUGAGUGGAAUACAGACGCUACACCUAGGUCGCAACCCGUUCGCAUGCGAUUGUUCGCUGCGCUGGCUGGCCGCGUACUUGCGACGCAAUCCGAUCGAAACGUCGGGCGCCAAGUGCGACUCGCCGAAACGCAGCAGUCGCAAGAGAAUAGACGCACUGAGGGAGGAGAAUUUUAAAUGCAAACCUGGUGAAGAAGCCUCUAACGCGUGCGGGUCGGCGGGCGCGUGCCCGGCCGCGUGCGCGUGCGAGUACGCGGCGCGCGCCGUGCGCGUGGCGUGCGCGCGCGCAGCGCUGGCGGAGGUGCCGAGGGAUCUGCCGCUCAAUACUGAUGCUUUGUUGAUGUCAGACAAUAAUCUGGGGCAGAUCAAAUCCGACGGCCUGUUUGGUCGCCUGCCGGACCUGACCAAACUGGACCUGAGAAAUAAUGGCAUCACCAUCAUAGAAGAUAACGCUUUCGACGGCGCCGCCAACAUCCAGGAAUUGUUCCUGGAUGGCAACCAAUUGAAGACAAUUACGGAUAAGAUGUUUUUCGGUCUUCACAGCUUGAGCGUUUUGUCACUCACAAACAAUAAGAUCCGAUGCAUUACACCUGGCGCUUUUGAUCACCUCACCACGCUCUCUACUCUGAAUCUGGAAUCGAAUCCGCUAGAGUGUACCUGCCACACCGCCUGGCUGUCCACCUGGCUUCGAACCCGUCGCCUCUCGCCGGCAGCCACCUGUUCUUCACCACCAGCCCUCAGCGGUGCCAGCCUGAGUAGAUUGGAUAUUACUGACUUCAAAUGUUCAGCGGAAGACAAGGGCUGCCUGGCUCCUGACUACUGCCCAGCGCCUUGCACUUGUACCGGUACCGUGGUGAGGUGCUCCAGGGCUCAGCUGACGGAGCCCCCGGCCAAUAUACCCAGGCACACCACUGAACUCUACUUAGAAUCCAAUGAGAUCGCCAGCAUCACGGCAGACCAGAUCCGCCACUUGACCCAGCUGACACGCCUGGACUUGUCCAACAAUAAAAUCAGCGUGCUCCCAAACAACACCUUCGAAGCUCUCAGCAAGUUGUCCACUUUGAUCGUCAGCUAUAACAGACUUCGAUGUGUUCAGCGUGACGCGUUAAAAGGCCUAACGCAACUCCGAGUGCUCUCCCUCCACGGUAAUAACAUUUCGAUGUUAGCCGACGGGGUCUUCAGAGACUUGGAAUCUAUUUCACAUGUCGCCCUGGGUUCGAACCCGCUAUAUUGCGAUUGCAACGCCCGCUGGCUGUCGGAGUGGGUCAAAAGCGCCGGGGAGUACGUCGAGGCGGGCAUUGCGAGGUGUGCAGAGCCUGCCGCCAUGAAAGACAAGCUCAUUCUCAGCACGCAGUCUUCAGCCUUCGUGUGCAAAGGCGAUCCCCCCUCAGAGAUAGUGUCGAAAUGUGACCGUUGCUACAACAACCCGUGCUCCAACGGCGGCACGUGUUCCCCCACCCCCCGCGGCGGGUUCACAUGCGCGUGCGCACGGGGCUACCACGGAGACACGUGCACGCAGCAGAUAGACGCGUGCUAUGGAUCGCCGUGUGCGAACGGCCAGUGUCAGUUGUUGGAAGAGGGCAGGUUCCACUGCGCCUGCCUCGCUGGCUACACCGGCAUCCGUUGCGAGGUCAACAUAGACGACUGUGUUGACCACCGUUGUCAGAAUAACGCGACAUGUGUUGACAUGUUGGAGGGAUACACUUGCAAGUGUGCACCCGGCUUUAUGGGCGAAUUCUGCGAGAAGAAAAUACCAUUCUGCACCACGGAAUUCAACCCGUGCGCUAACGGUGCGCAGUGCGCGGACCACGGCAGCCAUUACACGUGCGCGUGCCCACGCGGCUACUCCGGCCAGAACUGCACGGUCAAUGCUGAUGAUUGCGUGAACCAUAUGUGUCAGAACGGCGCCACGUGCGUGGACGGGCUGGACGAGUACCGCUGCGCGUGCGCCGCCGGGUUCGCCGGCCGCUACUGCGAGGCCGCGCCGCACGCCGCGCUCGGCACGUCGCCGUGUGCGCACCACGAGUGCGAGCACGGCGUCUGUUAUCUACCCGCUUUGGCUAUACAGGACGACAUUAUGAUGGAGAGGAGCGCCAUGGUGCCCCACGACUACCUGUGUAAAUGCGCGCCCGGCUACUCAGGUCGUUUCUGCGAAUAUCUCACAUCACUCACAUUCAACCACAACGAUUCCCUCGUCGAGUUGGAGCCGCUUCGUACCGCCCCCCAAGCCAACAUCACACUUGUUUUCAGUACCACACAGCAACACGGGGUUCUCAUGUAUUUUGGUGACAAUGAGCACCUCGCCGCUGAGCUGUUCAACGGCCGGGUCAGAGUCAGCUACGACGUGGGGAACUAUCCCACUUCAACCAUGUACAGUUUCGAAAUGGUCUCCGACGGUAAUUACCACAAGGCGGAGCUGAUAGCAAUCAAGAAGAACUUCACCCUGAGGGUCGACGGCGGCCCAGCCAGGUCCAUCAUCAACGAGGGUAGUAAAGAGUUCCUACGUCUGGAGAGGCCGAUGUACCUCGGAGGAGUCCCUGAAGAGGUCGCCACUGACGCGUUCUCAAAAUGGCACCUGAGAAAUAUCACCAGUUUCAAAGGCUGCCUGAAAGAAGCGUGGAUCAACCACAAGCGGGUGGACUUCACGAAUGCAAUCCGCGUGUCCCGCACGGCAGCCGGCUGCGGCGAGGAGGACACCCCCGCGCCCCCCAGCGUCUCCGCCGUCCAGGAGGACGCGGGGAAGCAUCAUCAGGACCCCUGCGUACCGAACCCCUGCGCCCGUGGAGGCCGCUGCGUUCGUGAGGAAGGUUCCUCAUCAGACUACACGUGUCGCUGCCGAGCCGGAACCGCUGGACCACAGUGCGAGCUGAGAGCUUCUAUCGGUGGAGCCCCAGUGAUCAGUCAGAGCAAGCUGCCGCCCAGAAAGCAGCAGGCGAUCAGCAAUGUCCAGGCCUCACCUGCCGCUCCACCCCCCAAACAGCAGUUGCCGGCGGAGCAUGCGCCCGGCGCCGCCAACAAUGGCGGAUGCAGGAAGGAAGCGACGCGGGAGUUCAUAUCGGAGGGCUCGUGCCGCAGCCGGCGCGCCGUGCGGGGCGCGCGCUGUGUGGCCUCGCGGACGGCGUGCGGUCGGCAGCACUGCUGCGCUCCGAGGAAGACUAAGAAGAGGAAGAUCCGCCUCGUCUGCUCGGACGGAACUCGCUACACCAAAGACAUAGAGAUUGUACGCAAAUGCGCAUGCGGCAAAAAGUGCACUAAAACAAGUCCGUUCUUACAUUAAAUCAGCUGUCUCUUUCAUUUCCAAAAACCACGUGUUUUUUUUCUUUAUUUUUAAUAGAAUAGCGACCCGCCCUGGCUUCGCACGGGUAGCAUUUAUACAUAUUAACCUUUUGAAUAACUCUAAAAAUACUGCAUCAAAAUCCGUUGUGUAGUUUUAAAGAUCUAAGCAUACAUACAUACAUACAGAUAAGACAGACGCGGGAAGUGAUAGGUAUUACUUUAUAUGUAUUUAUAGUGAUUUAGAUGGACCGAUCAAUUUUAUGAUUUAUGUUUUAGUAAGUACAUGAUUCUGAUCAUGGGACUUGUUCACGAACGUUGAUAUAAGUCUUAUGUUUCCUCUCUCUCUGACUCUAACAUUGAGAAAAGAGAUAGAAAAACAAGCUAAACGAUUGUCUUCUCAAAGUUCUUGAAUAGCCCCGCAAGUUUACAAAGAAAUGUAAAGAUUUUAUUUACUUAGAAAUCGUGGCAUCAAAUUUGGCGCGAAAAAAGCAUUAAAGUAACCAAUUCUCCCGCUUCGUUUAAGGACAGUCAGAGGUAUGGAAAUUAAUCCAAAAAUAAAUAAUUAAAUGUAAACACGCCUCAUUCUCUGUGGCAAACUACAUACCUACAUAUCUCAACUUGCCACGAUCCCUGCAUAUUACUUUCGCUUCAUCCUCUUUCAUCAUUAUUUUCGUACAAGCUCUUUUACGGGUAUAUCUUUUAACGCAUCACAAAUAUAAUUUAAUCCGCCCCGCUACGGAAGUAUCGCAGAAGCUAUUAAAUUAAUGUUAAAAUAAGUAUUGUACUCAAAAUGUAUUCUUUAACAAAAAUGAUCUGCGCAAGUGUUACCUAUAGUAAGUCACAGUUUGACAAAUUUUGCUUAACCCUUUGACCGUCAUGGAAGUCCAAAUGAAUAACCCUUAUUCCAAAAAAAAAAAAUACGAUAUAAUAAAAUAAUGACCGCGGCCUGGUACGCUUGUAACGUUCAAAAUGGUUGACAUAAUUUGAUAACUAGCUAUAAUCAUCAUUAAUAUUUGAUUUUUUUUAACAAUGAAAGACGUAGACCACAUAAAAUAACGAAUUUAUAAUAAGACUUGUAGUCACGGCCUAAUAUACAACUUGUAACCUAGAUGUAUACAGAUUUAGACCUCACAAUAUACAUAACUACCCCUUUUGUAUAAUAUAUUGAAUGAAAUCACAUUAUCAAAUAUUCACUUUUAAUAGAUUGUUUUUAAGUUUGACUAAUAAUUACGUAUGCAAAAUUUACAAGUUAUUUAGACCUAAUAUUACACUAACUACCUACUUGUAAAAUGAUUUCAAAUUACAGUUGCUUUUUCAAUAAAUUAUGUGUUCAUUUGAUGUAUAAUUAUAAAAAAAUAUAUUUAUUAUUAUAGUUGUUUAUUGAUUUAGUAUUAUUAAGAUAUAUUUAGGAUAUUAAGCAUAAUUCAAACAAAAAUAUUAACAGUAUGGUGAUUAAUUUUGAUUAAAAAUUUACUUAUCAGCUUUGUCUGUUUAUUUUUUAGAAUAUUGAUUUAUAAAUUACAAUUAAUGAAAUUAUAAUUUAAAAUAUAGUAUAGUUAGUAUUUUCAUAUAAACCACAUUUCCCCCAAAAAGCUGGAAAGAGUCUAAUGGCCUAAUAAUGUCCAAAUGAAUUUAAAAUAAAUAUAGAUACCAACUUUAAAAAGUAAUAUAUACCUCUUGGUACCUAUUUAAAAAACAAAAUGGAUUGUUUUUUAAUUAAUUAUUGUCGACAUUUCCAGUCCAUUACACACAGCCAUACCUAUUGACCCUGACGCCACUAAUUUUAAAAAUAAAAAUAGAAAAUUAAUUUAAAACAAGAAUGUGGUUGUUAUGAACUGUUUUGCCGCUCUCUGCCAUAGGUUUAUAUACGUGUAAGUUGUAGUUAUAUUGUGUAUAACCCCAGUAUUUUUUACCGUGUACGUGGUUUAUUGCGAUUAUCCGUGUACUAAACAUAUUUGUUUAACUUCGUAUUUUAAAAACGACAAAAACAUCUCGCAUUUGGUGUCUGCCCCAAAAAAUAAUGGUUUGGUCGCAUAUAAUCGCAGAAACCUAUAUCAAUAUGUUAGUAAAUUAUGUACCUAUAUCGUAUGUAUGAUCCACAGUUAUAUAAUUUGACUGAAAAUCUUUUGUAUAAAAAUAAUAUUUACUAUUUAUUGCUAUUGUUUUGCUAACUGCUUUAGGCAUUGUACAUUGUAGAUUUUUAUAUAAAAGUAAUUAUAGCUUAGUGUUUAGAAUGAAAUGUUUACAAUAAUUUUAAUGCAUUCCGUAUUUAUUCGAAUUUCUACCAAAAUGGUAGUUCGCCGGCAUCUAUACGCCACUGUAGAAAUUUCGUAUUCGUAAUACUGUAACAACGCAUUUAUUUAUGGACCUAACUUAUUAUUAUAUAUCGUCAGUAUUAAAGUUUAUUAAUAUUACAUAAUAAUUUAGUGAAGAAUCUACAAAAAUCCCUGACACUGCCAUUUUCAUUGCCAUAUCAUCGGAAUAUGCGUUUUUAGUAGAUUUUUCUUAAAUUCUAGUGUAAGAAUAAGGUGCAGUUCGGCUGCGCAGAUAAUGUUAAGCUUUAAGUAUGUACCUAGGUGGAUGUGUUGCUAGACGCGCCCAAAUGCAUGCGCUUUUUAUCGAUAAAUAAAGAUAUGCCAUUUAUAAUUUAUUUGAUGUAAU